AUGGCAACUUGUUUCAAGGAACCAUUCCAGAGUCUCUUAAGGAAUUUAAAAGGUAUCAUAGAGCUAGAUUUUUCGCGCAAUAACUUGUCUGGGCAGAUUCCAAAAUAUUUGGAAGAAUUUCAUUUCUUACAGUAUUUGAAUUUGUCAUUUAAUAAUUUCGAGGGUGAAGUGCCCAAAGGAGGAAUUUUUAGAAAUGCCAGCGCAAUUUCAGUUGACGGAAAUAGCAAACUCUGUGGAGGUAUACCAGAACUACAAUUGCCAGGGUGCCUUCAGCAAGCUUCUAAGAAAAGAGGAAAGCCUCUUGCUUCCAGAGUAAAAGUCACAGUCAUUACUGUGGUUUUAUCUUCGUUUCUCAUUUCGUGUAUCAUUGUAGCUCUUUAUUGGAGAAAAAAUUCUCCAAAGAAAGCUUCUUCUCCAUCUUCCACAGAGAAUCAGUGGUUACAAGUUUCUUAUGCAGAUCUCCUUCAAGCAACAGAUGGGUUUUCUUCAGCUAAUGUAAUUGGUGUGGGAAGUUUUGGUUCUGUAUAUAAAGGAAUUCUAGAAUGCUUUGAAACACUUGUUGCAGUGAAGACACCAAUCAUUCAUCGUGACCUAAAGCCAAGCAGUGUUCUUCUUGAUGAUGAUAUGGUUGCCCAUGUGGGUGACUUUGCUUUAGCAAGGUUCCUCUCUGAAGCUGCAGAAAGUUUCUCUCAAAAUCAAACUAGCACAUUUGGGAUUAAGGGAUCUAUUGGGUACAUUCCUCCAGAGUUUGGGAUGGGCGGUAAGGCGUCCAUACAUGGAGAUGUAUAUAGUUAUGGGAUCCUUCUCCUGGAGAUGAUCACUGGGAAGCGGCCAACUGAUGACAUGUUUAAGGACAAUCUGAGCCUCCAUCACUUUGCAAAGUCAGCUUUUCCCAAACAAAAUCUCCAAGGGAGCGAAUGGAGAUGA